GUCGAAGCAGACAUUUUUCCAUGCAAGAUAUCCCUUGCAUAAAUUAUGUUCAUGACGUAGGGCAAAAGGCCAGAUUUGUUGUAAUAUUGGUGGUAUUUUCCAUUGGUCUUUACAGCAGAAGUCGAUUUUAGAUGGUAUCUUGAGGAAUAUAGGUCAUCUGAAUUGUAGUACCGAAGGGACCGUCAUUAAAUAUUAAGAAAGAAAGGAUCUUCACGUUGCCAACCCUCCUUAUCAAUGCAAAUGCCUCUUUUGUGUGCAGCCAUAGCGCCUAUCUGGAGCGGUGAGAUGAAUUUUUUAUUAUAUGUGACUAAAACAAACUGUGGCAAAGAUUUUUAAAAGAGGAGAACCUCAGAAAAUAAGACACAUUUACGAAUGUCAAGACAGUGACUGCUUGGUGGUGAGAGCACUGAACCAUGGACCUUCAGGAUCUCCCUGCUGCUGACACACCCCUCACUGUCAAUGAACAGCCAUUCACUGUCUGACUGCAGACAUUUUUUCAGCCAUUAGGUUCCUGCCCAUUGAAAUUCCUUACCAAAAACAACCAGGUGAUCGUGAUGUCUGGUCAUGAGACGAUCCGUGUCCUGGAAGUGGAGGUAGAUCAAGCCUCUCUUCCAUCCUUAAUGCCUGAUGGGAGGACUGAUUUGGGGGGUGAGGAUGUGAGUAAUCAGGCUAAGCAGCCUGAGGCAGGAACACAGGACAGCCCGCCAGCACCCCACAACACUGGGGGAGUAGGUGAGCCCUUUGUAGGAUACCGAUACGUGCUGGGGGACCAGGUGGUGGCUGUCGAUUCUGCAGCCUCUGCGGUCCAGACUCUUGCUCAGACUGCAGUUCCCAUCAGUGUCUCCCUGUCGCAGCCACAGGCCACCAUGCCCAUCACUGUGCAGAGCUUGCAGGGCUGUCAACAGGUCCUGACCCAGGAUGGUCUGGCCACUCUGAUGACAGGGAUGAUGGCCCAGACAGGCUCCCUGGGCCAGCCCCUGCUCAUCCCCCUCAGCAUGGCAGGGUCCAUGGGGGGCCAGGGCCUGGCUGUCCUCACCUUCCCCACCAGCAACGUAGCCACACUCCCUGGCCUUUCAGCUGCCAGCCAGUCCGGAGGCCUCCUCAAACUACCCUUUGCCGGCUUGCAAGGCUUACAAGGCUUGCAAACAGCCACGGUGCUAAACCCUGUCCAGACCCAGCAGGCGGUUUUCCAGUCUCAGACAGCAUCACUACAGCAGGUCCAGGCAGCUAUGCAGCAGGCUCAGCAGAACACGCAGGUGGCUGCAGCACAACUGACCCAGGCCAUGCCGUCCGUCUCUCAGCCCAGUGUGUCUGUGUCAACACUCCAGUCUGCAGGCCUCUCCAUCAACCCUGCCAUUAACAAUAUGUUCUGGAUGCCUCCGUUCCUCUCCUCUCAGAUCAGUGCUGCGUCUCUAGGGGCUCAGCCUCAGUUCAUCAGCUCCCUCACUUCCACUCCCAUCAUCACCAGUGCCAUGUCUGGAAUCACCAGCCAGAUCAUCACCAACGCACAGGGACAGGUGAUUGGAACCAUCCCCCUGAUGCUGAACCCUGCCUCACUGACAGGAGGGGCUGCUACUCAGGCUCUGAAUCUCCAGGGCUUUCAAGGCCUGCAGGUCCAGACAGUCCAGCCACAGCUGGUUCUGAACAACCAGGGCCAGAUCAUUGCCACCAUAGGAAAUGGACCUGCUACAGUCCCCACUUCUGCUGCUAUUAUUCCCAAGCAUAAUGUUCCUGUGACAUUCUCAAAGCCCAGCACCCAGGCUCAGGUAACAACUGUUACGCAAUCACCUGUGAUCAUCGCCCCACAACCGUUUGCAAUGAAGACAGUCACUCCAAUCUCCUCCUCAGUCCAUAUCACCUGUGGAGACACACCCACCGUGGGACAGCUUGUCAGCAAGCCACAGCAAGGGUGCACGGAUGAGGAGGGCAUUAAUCUGGAAGAGAUUCGAGAGUUUGCCAAGAACUUCAAGAUCCGCCGGCUGUCCCUGGGGCUGACGCAGACACAAGUGGGACAGGCCCUCACGGCUACAGAGGGCCCGGCCUACAGCCAGUCUGCCAUCUGCAGGUUUGAGAAGCUGGACAUUACACCCAAGAGUGCUCAGAAACUGAAGCCCGUGCUGGAGCGGUGGCUGGCCGAAGCAGAGCUAUGGAACCAAAAGGGUCAGCAGAAUUUGAUGGAAUUUGUGGGUGGUGAGCCGUCCAAGAAACGCAAGCGUCGCACCAGCUUCACCCCGCAGGCCAUCGAAGUGCUCAACACCUACUUUGAGAAGAAUGCCCUGCCAACGGGCCAGGAGAUUACGGAAAUCGCUAAGGAGCUCAACUAUGACCGUGAGGUUGUCCGUGUAUGGUUCUGCAACAGGCGGCAGACACUGAAAAACACCAGCAAGAUCAAUGUGUUUCAAGUUCAGCCUUAAUCCUGUGCAGUAAGCGGCCGUUGACUAGUAGGAAAGUUGGAAGGACAGCAUAAUCAGCUCAAGAAAAACGUUUUGUAAAGACCGUAACACAGUCAAGCUUAGUAAGUAAAAAAUUAUAUGGACUUUGGGAAGGAUAAGGACACUGAAUGACACUUGAACCGAGUCUUACUAUAUGGACAUAGAAAACUCAGUUAUCUCUUUUUGUUUUGACGUGUGUGUGUGGGGGGGGGAGUGAAAGAAAGACAUUGCAUGUGAAACGUGAUUGGGUUAAUGUUCACAGACCCUCUUGUCAGUUUGACAACCUCUUGUUUCAUUUAUUGAUAUAUUAUGCCAUUUGUAAAGCAAUGGCUAGAAUUUUGAUACACCUGGUUUUAUACACUUACCAUACUGUUUUGUAAGUGGCUGUCUAUGAAUUUUAUAGCAAUGGCCUUUAAAGAUAUUUGCUUACAGUUGUACAACAUCCAAUCAAUCUGUUCUGAUAUUAUGCGGGUGCCACCAAAAAUAUAGGUUUGGAACUGGUACGCACAAUAUUUGUGCGUCUAACUUUCUCACUCAUCAUUAUUCACAAUUCAUUCAGGAUUAUCCGUAAUCAUGGUAGAAGUGUUUAGAAACAUAUUAUUUUCUUAUUUACAAUAACAGUUACUCCAAAAUGAAACAAUCCAUUACUUACCAUUCAUUUCUAUUUGGCAUAAAAUAAUCUGAAACACAACCAAAACAUAAACAGCAAAUGCAUCCAAAAGCAAUGCCCCUUUGUUUACCAUAGUGAAGGUUCUCAUUUUGGAUUAGUUCACCUAUAAAGACACACAUACAUUAUUUCAAAUAGUUAACAGAUGUCAGCCCAGCAUGGUCCAUCAGCAGACGUCACACAGUGAAGAGUUUAAAACAUUGCCUGUCUCAAAUGAGUCAGGUGUCCGUGUGGUUGAAUGUGUACUGUAUAUUGAGAAUACUUACAUGACAAAAAUAAUUAUCUAAUUAAAUCAAAUUGAUUGAAUAAUAGAACAUGACUAUGUGAAUUAAUUGAUUCAUAUGUUGUAGUUUUUGAUGAUUAUUAUUCAUGUAUAUGAAAUAUGGAUUCUUAGCUAAAAGGAAUGGUAUUUUAGGGACAAACAAAAAUUGAAGGAACUAAUGGCUUCCCUGCCCUUUUCUAUAACCUCGUAAUUGUUUGCACUUUAGAGAUAACUUAUCUCAAACAAGAUAACUAAUGAAAAGCCUUGAUUGCAGGUGAGUGCAGUCGACUGCAAUGGAAGGAUACAGCUUUGUAGGCAAAAGCUAAAUAAAGUGUAUUACAUUUGGAAAUCUAUAAUGUUUAUUGUUCUAGAAAAUGUUGAAUCUUCAUUGGUUUUUAUGUCUGGUCUAUCCAACAUAUUUGAAAAUGUAGCAAAUGGCAACUGGUUACCCAGCAUAUUUAAGUGGUUGAUAAUGUUUUGCUUGACAUACAUAUGCUAACAAUUUUUAAUGGUCAAACUUCUAUGCGUAAAUGAGCAUCAAUUUUGUAAGGUUAUCUUAAGCCUUUAUGGUACAUGACCGAAUGAGAAUAAACUACAAUAUUUAGUCCUUUGUGGUCCCAAAUGAAUAUAAUUCAUAUUCUGAUGUUUGUCUAUGUCUGUGAUAUGCCAUGCUGAACCGUGUAAUUCAUUUGUUCCCCAUAAUUGCCUUUUAAGAUUGAUAUUAUGUUUUCAGAGAGGAAGAAAAUAACUGCUAUAUGAAUCAUGUGUUAUGUUACACAACUGCCAUUUCCGAGGUAGCUAUAACCUAAAAUGUUUUUUUAGUAUUCUCCCCAGUGAAUUGUCUUUUGUCUGAAAAAUGUUGAGAUGACAGAAUGCAAAUGCAAAUCCAAUGUCAACACAGUUUAAUAGUGUAGUUUUCAGAUUUUAACUAUAUCACACAUUUUGUUGAUGUUGGGCAUAACACAUAUUAUUUACACUUGUUGUAUAAGGUGUGCAGUAUAGAACCAGCAAUACAUUUUAAUAGAUGAGGUCAUGAGAGUGACUAUUAUGUGAUUUCUGAUCUGGGCAUUCUAUGCCAAAUAAAGGCUUACUGAACACUG